GUGUCUCUCACUUGCACUGAUUUCACCUCUCUGCCCUCCGAUUAUUUUUCACUUAAUCAUUGCUACUCAGUGGAGCUUGUGGAGGCGCGUCCUGAAAUGCAAAGCGCAAGCGCGUUCCAGCUGCCACGGGCCAGUGACGCAGGGACGCGCAGCUGCCCCGAGGCACCGCGAGUGCGUUAGCGGCACACUAUGUGCCAAGUGUCCCACCCGCCACAGUCCGCUGCGGGACAUGGGACAAAUACUGCGAACGAGCGCACACCGGGCUCGACUUUACCAAGGAAGGCGCUGGACGAUGGAAACGUCUUUGCAGUGCCCUGAUGCCGUCGGAAAAGAAAGGAAAACAGGCAUGCAGCCAUAGCUGAGUCUCUCCAAAACUGCUUAGCCCAACAGUCCCAAUUACUCCUUCAUGUUCUGGCAUCCAUCAUGGUGUAUGGGCAGGUCCUGCACCGCCAAGGCCCCGAGGAGAGCUUCAUCAACCUCAACGUCGGUGGCUUUAAGCAGCAAGUGGAACGUGUGGUCCUCCAACGCUUCCCUCACACGCGACUUGCCCAACUUCUCUACUGCAGCUCAGAGGCUGCUAUUCUCCAGCUUUGUGACGACUAUGCAGCUGCCGAAUGCGAGUAUUAUUUCGACCGAAACCCAUGGUUUUUUCGCUACGUGCUGAAUUUCUACCAUACCGGAAAGAUCCACCUGAUGGAAGAAUUGUGUGUGUUUAGUUUCAGCCAGGAGAUGGAAUACUGGGGCAUCAAGGAGCUUCACCUGGACACUUGCUGCAGCAACAGAUUUCAAGAACAGAAAGAGUACGCAGGAGAUCAAGACUGGGGAAACGACGAUGACCCACAGAACCAGCUGCAGGACAGCUUAGAUUCAUCUAUGGAGGAACUAUCGGCGUUUGACAAAGACCUGGAAAAGUUUGAGGGCACCUGGUGCUCCGAGAAGCGUAAGGAACUCUGGUUGCGACUGGAAAACCCGGGAUACUCGUGCUCUGCGAAAGUAACGGCGGUGUUUUCGCUGAGUGUGGUACUGAUGAGUAUCAUAGCCAUGUGCGUUCAUAGCAUGCCCGAGUUCCACCAGGUGGACAUUAAUGACAAAGAAGUAGAGAACCCAGUGUUGGCUGUGUUCGAGACCUUUUGCGUCCUCUGGUUCUCUAUCGAGUUCAUCCUACGAUUAGCUGUCACACCAUGUUUGUGCAAAUUCCUGAGCAAUGCGCUAAACAUAAUUGAUUUCGCCUCUAUUAUUCCAUUUUAUGCCACUUUGGCGUUUGAAACCAUGGAUGCUGAAGAAAGCGAGGAGCUUGAGAACGUGGGAAGGGUCGUGCAAAUCCUGCGCCUUAUGCGUAUCUUUCGCAUCCUCAAACUGGCACGGCAUUCGGUCGGGCUGCGUUCGCUUGGGGCGACUCUCCGUCACAGCUACCAUGAGGUCGGGCUCCUCAUCCUCUUCCUUUCUGUGGGAAUCUCCAUUUUCUCAGUGCUCAUCUAUUUUGUGGAAAGAGAGAAUGAUGAGUCGGAACUGCAGACCAUACCGAUGGGCUGGUGGUGGGCGACGAUCACCAUGACCACGGUGGGAUACGGCGACACGUAUCCCAUCACGCUGGCUGGGAAACUCAUCGCCACCUUGUGCAUCGUUUGUGGCCUGCUUGUAGUCGCCCUUCCCAUCUCUAUUAUCUUCAACAAGUUCUCCAAGUACUACCAGAGACAGAAGGCCCUGGUGGAGUCCGACCAGCUCCAUCCAGAAGACGAAAAAUUGGCAAAUCUCAGCAUGCCUUUACUUUACAUAGGAGGCCUCUACGGACAAAAGAUGACUCCCCUGGUGCGCAGUACGUCCUCAGUAGGGAGCGCAGGGAGCGAGGGAGAUGUCACUGAUGCUUCCAGCAUUCAGGAUGUUGAAAUUGUCUGCCCUACUGGGAUGCCACAGGCCUACAAAGCAACAUAGAUCAGGGUUCCUCAAAUCCGGUCCUGGAGGGCCACUGCCCUGCAGAGUUUAGCUCCAACCUUGAUUAAAAUCACUUACCUGUGAUUUUCUAGGGAUUUUAAUGACCUUGAUGAGUGUUCUCAGGUGUAUUUGAUUAGGGUUGGAGCUAAACUAUGCAGGGCAUUGGCCCUCCAGGGCAAGAUCUGAGGAACCCUGGCACAAAUGUUAAUAUGUACAACCUUAAACCUUGAUUAAGGUGAGAAGAAACAAAAAUAAACUUGCUUGCUUAGAUCUGCAGCACAUGUUGAGGAAACACUAGCGGACCCUAAGACUCAAGGCUCUCAUUUCUUACUGAGCGACUCCUGGACCUUCGAUCAAAAGCACUUUUUCUCUUUAGUUCUCAGGGUGAAAAUGUCUCAAGCUUUCCAUUAUUUAUGGAUCAGAACCUGUUAUGGAAACUAAUCCAAACAACAGGCUAGCAUUGAUGUUGUUGCUCUAUACCCAAUUAACAGCACUGAUUGACAGGUGUUUUUUUUAAUACUUUGGACAAGCUGUUCAUUUAAUUACAAGUCUUUCUGCAGUGCCUGUGGGAAAAGAACUAUGCUUAAAUGUUUUAUAGGCAAUGACAGCAUCUAAAAUGCUGGACUUCAAAUGGCAUGUUGGUGUACACCAUCUUCCCUAAUGUGUCCAUCAGAGAGGGAAGGAUUGAAAGACUGCAUGCAUAUUUCAACAAGAGAGAGGAGAGGCCACAAGAGAAAGGA